GGGCAGGAUCAGGUCAUGUUCAGUGCCGUGAGAGGUGUCGAGGCGACCGGACCAGCGGCACAUCACCACCACUUUCACCACCAACACACCCACGCAACUCAGAGGCACGCACACCCUGAGGCGCCACCACCACCACCACUGCCACUACCGUCACUGCCACUAUCACAUCUACAGAGAGCAGGAGCGGAGUGGAGAACAUACGACUCGAAGUUUGGUUUCUACUGCCUCGCUGCCGUCACCAAGUGCCACAAGAUGAGGUGGCGUCCACUCUGGAUAACACUAGUGGCACUCCUCACCCUAAUGAGUGUGACAAUGGCUUCCCAGACCAUUGGCACUGGGAAGCGAGGGCAACUCUCAGGGCGGUACAAGGGUAGGAAAAAUUUCAAACCCAUUACUGGUACAUAUCCAUCAGUCGAGGCCAAGAAUUACUAUACCAACCCCAAGGGAGCCAAGAUCACAAAGGCUUCUCACUUCAACUACCAGUAUGUUUUGGGCCACAAGAUAGUGUUCCUGUGUGUGGCCAAGGGCAGCCCACUCCCUCAGAUCACGUGGUUCAAGGAUGGAGUGGAGCUCUAUGCCCACAGGUAUAUGCAGCUCCAUGAAUGGCAAAAAGGAAACAAGCUCAAGAGUAAGAUGGAGAUUGAUCCGGCAACUCAGGCUGAUGCUGGCAUCUAUGAAUGUCACGCCAACAAUAAAUACGCAGUGGACACCAAAGCUUUCCGGACAACCUAUAUCGCACAGUUCAAUUAGGGUUAUGUUAGAAAAGAGUCACAUGUUGAGUAAAAAGUAUCAAUAAGAUGUAUUACACUUGCCCAUGAAGCAUUUACUGUCUAAACUUUUCUAGUGUACAUUGAUACCUUCAGAAAGCAGUUCAUUUUAUUGUAAAUGCUUAUUCUAAAGCUAAUUCAUCAGUAGCUAGUAAUUCCACAUUUCUGAAUAGGAACUGUUCAGGAUCACUCCUCUCUCACUGGAGGCCAGCAGGCUAAGAUGUGAGGAACUGUUUGUGAAUGAGAUUGUGAAUAUGAACGUAUGCAUGUAAAGGAUUUCUUGUCCUGACUAUGACAACUGAAGGGAUGUCAGCCUGCCAUGUAGAUAGGACCAUGAGAGCAUGUACAGAGGAUAGUCAGUCUUAUGUACCUGUGUUAAAAUGCUACACUAUUUUAUCAUAUAUGAGGGACCAAACAACAAUAGUGUUAUCUCAGGAUUGUUGAAAUAUAUAUGAGUAUGUAAGAGGGAAGUAAACCAAGGCAGCUUCAGUAGUUUUGUGCAAUUAGUUCAGAUUACAGGUCAUACUAUAUAAUGUAAAACGGUUAAAAAAAAGUGUCCUGCAAGACUGUAGCAGGUAGCUGAUAUUACUUGUUAAGACCAAAUAGAGUGGAUGAUGCACACAUAUUAGGAAACCUGUCUUGAGGAAGCAGCUACAUGGUACACAUUUUAUAAAUGAAUAUAGGCAACAGUGAGCUCAACACAUAUAUGUACUUCUUUCUCAACUUUAAAUCCAGCUGUUGUAUUGUAUGAAAUGUUUAUUUUAUAUUCAUGUAUGCCAGGAACUACUGAAGGGAGAAAUCUUUUCAUGAUAGACAUUAUAAUGUUUUUAGUGUUUGGGACCUGAAGACUUUAGACAAAAAAUGUACAUCAGUACUGUUCUUGUGUUCACUUGGAGAACUCUUUAAAAUACCAAAGCAAUAUUUACUUAAAAUUAUGCAAAACUUCUACUUAGAUAGUUUGUGAUGUUAAAUGUUGAAUGAUCUAAUCAAGUUUUAUGAGAACAGGUGUGUGGUUUUGUGGUUUAAUUUUUCAAAGGAUGAAAUCCUUUCAUUUCAAUCAUUUUAUGCAUCACUUAUAUUGUUAUCACAUACACUAAUACUGUUAGUAUAAAUCUUGCGCAACACAACAUAACCUGCUUCUGUAUAGUAUUUUCUUUUAGUAUGACUCCAUUGUCCCUGAGACGUGGGGAUCUAGAAUACAUGUCUCUGUAUUCCCUGCAUGUUGUAAGAGGCAACUAAAGGGGACAUCAAUGGAGGGCUGGGAACCCUUCUCUGUAAGCUUUAUAUUUCAUCCAAAAAAAAAAAAUAAAAAAAAAAAUAAAAAAAUAAAAAAAAAAAAAA